CGUAAAAGGGGGCGGGGCCGACCGGUUUCUCGAUGUUUCUGUCCCUCAGUCCGGCGGAGAGAUGGCGGUCAACAGACCGGGGGAGCCCGGUAACCAGAGUGUGCUGAUGUUUUAUGACCAUGUAGAGCUGUCAUUUGCUGACAACACAUUGGAGGCUUUCAAAGGUUCAAAGAAGGGAACUGUUUACCUGAUGCCAUACCAAGUUGUAUUUGUGGCAAAAGAUAGCAGAGAUGCACUGAAAUCCUUCACAAUGCCAUUUUACCUGAUGAAAGGCUGUGAGAUCAAACAGCCAGUGCUUGGGCCAAAUUACAUCAAAGGAACUAUCAAAGCUGAGCCAAAUGGAGGAUGGGAAGGUUCUGCAACAUUUAAGCUUUCCUUCACCAGUGGAGGUGCCAUUGAAUUUGGACAGUUGAUGUUACGUACAGCAUCACAGGCCUCUAGGGGUGAAGUCCCAGCUGGAGGAUUUGGCUACACCUACAUGCUAAACAGUGCAUGUGGAAAUACAGUACCUGUGGGAGUCGCAGCAUACAACGUACCAACAUCUGCAACCUUUGCCUACCCUCCCCCACUUCCAGGUGAUUCACCUUUACAUGUUGGGAAGAUCACAGAUUAUCUACUUGUUACUGCUGGAUUUUACCCUGGACCACCUCCCACAGAGGGUACAAUGAACUACAUGGCUCCUCCCCCUUACCCGGGGCCCAUGACUCUUCCAGGAGGUAAUGCGUUACUGUCUCAGACACAGGAUUGUGAAGCAAGGCCUGCAGAACAGGCUGAAAAUACUCAGAGCAGUCAGUCAGUCCCUCUCAGUGUGCCCAUGGAGCAGCCCCCUCCUUACACUCCGCGUGAUGAGAGCCAAGGGCAGCAGAGUGACCAGCUUGGGAACACAAUCCCCCAGCCCCUUGGUGGUUGGAGCCAGCAGCCACAGCAUGCAUCACCCUUCUACACUGCUCCUGCCUCCUCUCAAUAACUGGUGAAUUGAAGACCUGUUUUCCUGCUGUAGAAAGUGACACUGACUCACUGCAGCUCAACUUUGUCAUUUGGCUGUAGCACCUCUGUAGGACAUCAUGCAUUGCAUCCCCAUCCUCUUUUUUUUUCCUUCCCCCCACCCCCCACCACUUCUUCCCUCAGGCAAUGGAAGCCAAGCAAAGUGAAUGGCAGCAGACAGCAAAUUUACUUAAGAAACUGCAGACCAUUGAUUUGUUUUCCUUCAGCAAGGGUCAAUAUUUUGUUUUCUCUCUCCUGCUAAGUUUCAUUGCUUGGAUACACACAUCUGAACCCAUCAAUAUUCUUCCCUACUAAGCUCCCCAUUGGAGACUAUCUAAAAUUUAUCUCAUUAUCACAUGUGCAGGACAGAUAUCACUGUCUGUUUGGAUGUCAGGUUCCCUUUGUCUAAACAUUAAGAUAUUCAGCUUUGUAAUCAGAUUUGAAGCACACCGAUGGCUUUUUUGGAUAUCCGUCUCCAACUGUUCACCUUCAGGUGCAGUUUUCCUUUAUUUUACCAGUAACAUUGCAUAUUUAUUUAGAAUGGCUUAGUGACUCUGGUGAGAUAAUAAGCAAAUGAAUGCUGUCAUUCAGCUCUUGUACUUUUGUGUUAUGGACCAGGCCAGACCCCCUCCAAAAUAUUUCAAGAAAGUAGCCCAGACCCUAGCUUUGCCAGUUGUUU